CGUGGGGCGGGGAGCUGCCUUUAUUUUGUUUGUUUGUUUGUUUGUUUGUUUGUUUUGCCUCGCCGGCCGGCAUGUAAAAAUUAGUUCCCAGGCUGGGAUCAAACCCGCAACAACGCAGGAUCCUUAACCCGCUGCACCACAAGGGAACUCUGGGAGGAGCUGGCCUUAAUUAAGAAUAACUGGAUCCCCCAGGUCCCACCGAAAAUCACUGGGUUGUUGGCAUGAAAUAAUACGAGGUUAAAGAAAAACUCCGUGGGUGAGCUGCUCAGAACCGACACUGCGCCCCUCCACCCCAACUCACAGUCCUCCGCUCCCCACCAGGGACGGCGGCCUUUGCACAUGCGCAGUUAGUACUCGUCGCGUUGGCCGAGGCAGUAUCGCGAGAAAAGCCGUGAGAGCCGGAAAAAUGGCGCCUCCCAGUCCCCGAGAGCCCAAGGCCCCGUCGGCGAAGAGCGCGUCCAAGUCUGAUGGGGAGAUGGUACUACCGGGCUUCUCGGACGCAGAUAGCUUCGUGAAGUUCGCUCUUGGGUCAGUGGUGGCAGUCACCAAGGCCUCUGGGGGCCUUCCACAGUUUGGCGACGAGUAUGAUUUUUACCGAAGUUUUCCUGGCUUCCAAGCAUUUUGUGAAACACAAGACAGGUUGCUUCAGUGCAUGAGCAGGGUGAUGCAGUACCACGGGUGUCGAAGCAACAUUAAGGACCGGAGUAAAGUGACUGAGCUGGAGGACAAGUUUGACUUGCUAGUUGACACCAAUGACGUUAUUCUGGAAAGAGUGGGCAUUUUAUUGGAUGAAGCAUCAGGUGUGAAUAAGAAUCAACAGCCCGUCCUCCCUGCAGGAUUGCAGGUCCCCAAAACCAUCGUGUCCAGCUGGAACCGUAAGGCAGGAGAAUAUAGCAAAAAAACAAAAUCUGAAACUUUCCGGCUGCUUCAUGCAAAAAACAUCAUCCGACCUCAGCUUAAAUUCCGAGAGAAGAUCGACAAUUCCAACACGCCAUUUCUUCCUAAAAUCUUCAUCAAGCCCAAUGCUCAGAAACCUCUCCCUCAGGCUCUCUCUAAGGACAGGCGGGAGCGCCCACAGGACCGGCCCGAGGACUUGGAUGUGCCCCCUGCCCUGGCGGAUUUCAUCCAUCAGCAGAGGACCCGGCAGGUGGAGCAGGACAUGUUUGCACAUCCUUAUCAGUACGAACUGGAUCACUUCACUCCACCAGAGUCAGUUCUUCAGAAGCCAGAACCUCAGUUAUACAGACCUGUAGAAGAGACCCCCUGCCAUUUUGUGUCCUCGCUGGAUGAGCUAGUGGAACUCAACGAAAAGCUCCUGAAGUGCCAGGAAUUUGCCGUAGACUUGGAGCACCACUCUUAUAGGAGCUUCCUGGGGCUCACCUGCCUGAUGCAGAUUUCCACCCGCACAGAAGACUUCAUCAUUGACACCCUGGAGCUUCGCAGUGACAUGUACAUUCUCAACGAGAGCCUCACAGACCCAGCUAUUGUCAAGGUCUUCCACGGGGCUGAUUCCGACAUCGAAUGGCUGCAGAAGGACUUCGGGUUGUACGUGGUGAACAUGUUUGACACCCACCAGGCAGCACGCCUUCUCAACUUGGGCCGGCACUCCCUCGACCACCUGCUGAAGCUCUACUGCAGUGUGGAAUCCAACAAGCAGUAUCAGCUGGCUGACUGGAGAAUACGGCCUCUGCCUGAGGAGAUGCUCAGCUACGCCCGAGAUGACACUCACUACCUGCUCUACAUCUACGACAAGAUGAGGCUGGCACUGUGGGAGCGAGGCAACGAGCAGCCCGCGCAGCUGCAGGUGGUGUGGCAGCGGAGCAGGGACAUCUGCCUCAAGAAAUUCAUCAAACCUAUCUUCACAGACGAGUCUUACCUUGACCUGUAUAGGAAGCAAAAGAAGCAUCUCAACACCCAGCAGUUGACAGCCUUUCAGCUGCUGUUUGCCUGGAGGGACAAAACAGCCCGGAGGGAAGAUGAGAGUUACGGAUACGUCCUGCCAAACCAUAUGAUGCUCAAGAUAGCUGAAGAGCUACCCAAGGAGCCUCAGGGCAUCAUAGCGUGCUGUAACCCUGUGCCACCUCUUGUACGACAGCAGAUCAAUGAAAUGCAUCUUUUAAUCCAGCAGGCUCGAGAGAUGCCCCUGCUCAAGUCUGAAGUUGCAGCGGGAGUGAGGAAGAGCGGACCCCUGCCCAACCCUGAGAGAUUGGAGAAUGUUCUCUUUGGCCCUCACGACUGUUCCCACACCCCGUCCGACGGCUAUCCUCUCACCCCGACCAGCGGGCCCGCGGCAGUGCAGGCCCGGGGCCUUCUCCCUGCCGGAGAGGAAGAGGAGGCCCUGCUGGACACCAGAUGCCUCAUCGCCACCGCUGUCAUCACAUUGUUUAACGAACCUAGUGCUGAAGAAAAUGGAAAGCGUCCAUUAACAGUGGCACAGAAAAAAGCCCAGAACAUAAUGGAGUCCUUUGAGAAUCCAUUUAGGAUGUUCCUGCCUUCCUUGGAACACCGGGCUCACAUCUCUCAGGCAGCCAAGUCUGAUCCCUCCUCGAAAAUCUUUGAAAUCAGCAACCGUUGGAAGCUGGCAAGCCAAGUACAGGUGCAAAAAGAAUCUAAAGAAAUUGCCAAGAAGAAGGCAGCUGAGCAAACAGCUGCCCGGGACCAGGCCAGGGAGGAGUUCGGAGCCGCAGCAGCCCAGGCUGUGUCCGUGCGCCAGCAGGCUGCCCUGGAGACUGCUGCCAGGAAGAGAGAGCGAGUGACCAGUGACCCCAGGACGACAGAGCAGAAACAGGAGAAGAAGCGACUCAAAAUUUCCAAGAAGCCAAAAGACCCAGACCCCUCAGAAAAAGAGUUUACCCCUUAUGACUACAGCAAGUCGGAUUUCAAGGCUUUUGCUGGAAACAGCAAAUCCAAACCUUCUUUCCAGUUUGACCCAAACAAGCAGCCCCAGUCUGGCAAGAAAUGCAUUGCGGCCAAAAAAAUUAAGCAGUCGCUGGGGAACAAAAGCAUGUCCUUUCCGACUGGAAAGUCUGACAGAGGUUUCAGACACAACUGGCCGAAGAGAUAGUGUUGGAAGAGACGCUUGGGAUCCCCUAGUGGACGGGAAGCACCAGAGUGGUGCUGGUUUUGUACAGACUCAUUUUUAAACCAUUAAAAGUAAUCCUUAUGGGAAGAAA